CUUCGGACGCACAAUACUAGAAGAAUUCUCUUUUUUCGGUCUUGUUUGGUUUUGGCGUCGUGUUGGAAGCGGAAGAAUCAAAAAAAAACCGCGCAAUCAGAAACAACACAACAAGUCCGAAACGAAACCGCGCGCUCCGUCCUCUCUUACCUUGGGGUCUGACGCAGCAUUCGACCGAUCAUCAGCGCUUCUCGUCCUGCCGUGCUUCAGUGGUAGAGGGCGGCUUCUGUCCAAGCAAGACAUCCUCAGGCCCUGCACCAAAGAUCUUCCACUCCCGAUCUCAAUCGCUCGCCCACUCCUCCCACCGACCGCCAACCUAGCAUGGAAGUGAGCACAGACUCAUUGCCGAGUAACGACGUCGCCUCGGCGGCGGAGGGCGCGUCCACCUCGGCAGCCCCAGCGCCGCAGCCCACCAAACACCGCAAGGAGAAGAAGAGCAAGAAGCCGCAAAAGGAAUCCAAGACGGUCGCAAACUUGCUAGCCAGCCUCGAGGGCUACAUAACGGCGGAUGUCGACCCGGAGGUUGUUUUUGUGGAUUACAAGGAAAUUGGACAUGGCAGCACCGGCUCUGUCUUCCAGGCGCGAGACUCUCGUACCGACGAAGUCGUGGCCAUCAAAAAGAUGCUCAUUAUUGGCGCCAAGGCAGAGGAAGACUGGGACGAUGUCGUCCGCGAAAUCAAGUUUAUGGCAAACUGCCAGCAUGAAAACAUUAUCAAGUACUUUGGGACAUAUCUCAAGAACGAGUACAUUUAUAUUGUAAUGGAGUUUUGUGCCGGUUCGGGCGUCGACAUUCUUGAAGUCUUCAAGGUCCCGCUGAGCGAGUCCGAGAUUGGCUCGAUUUGCGCACAAACACUUCGCGCCCUGGAUUACAUGCAUGGCACCAGCAAAAUACACCGCGACAUCAAGGGAGGCAACAUUCUGCUGCGCGAAGAUGGCGUCGUCAAGCUGAUUGAUUUCGGCGCGUCCACACAGCUCAAGCCUGGCGUGAGCAAGGCCAACACUUUUGUUGGCACACCUUAUUGGAUGGCGCCCGAGCUUAUCACGGCAAUGGAAUCUGGAUUUUACGACGCAGCAGUAGACAUUUGGUCGCUCGGCAUCACAUGCAUCGAAUUUGCGCAGCUCAAGCCUCCCCACUUUCAGAUGCAUGCCAUGAGCGCCUUGUUCCACAUUCCACAAGCCGACCCGCCGACUCUUGAAGCCCCUCAUUGGUCUGGCGAUUUCCGAGAGUUCCUAGCAAAGUGUCUUCAGCCUGAUGCUGCUCAGCGAUGGUCGGCACAUCAGCUGUUGCAGCAUUCGUUCAUCAAGAACAACGAAAAGGCUGCCACAACUGUCAUUGCAGAGCUGGUCGGUCGCAGCAAGGACAAGGUUCGCGAGAUUGAUUUGGCGGAUCUCAUGGAGAACUUGGCAGAUAUUGAUCGCAAGAUUGAAACGGAACGAACGGCCAACGGUCAGGAAAGCGCCCGGCUGCUGACCGAGAAGGAGACCCAAAAGAAGGCACUGCAAGAGGCCAAAAAGCAGGGCGCCACGAUGCAAAAGGCGCGCGAAACUUUGCGCCCGCGGCACUUGUUGGUUCGCGACACGCUGGAGGCACCUCAGCAGGAGCGCCAGCUGGUGCGCAGCCAGAUGAAGGAGCUGCGACUGAACAAGGAGAAGCAGCACAAGGCCGAGAAAGUCUUGAUCAAGCAGCAGUCCAACGACCUCGACACGCUGCGCAAGGGCCAGGCGCGCGACUACGAGACGACAGUCAAGAGCCAAGAGGCCGAAUUGGAGCGCAUGCGCAAGGAGCAGCGAGACUUGGUCGAGUCGCUGCAAAAGUCCUUCCAGAACGAGAAGAAGAAGCUGAGCGAGCGCCUCAAGGACGACGAAAAGAAACUCCUCAAGGAGCACAAGGACAAGCUCAAGGCCGAAAUGAAGGUGCUCGAGUCCCGCCAAAAGGACGAAGCUGCGGGCGUAGACAAGAACGACAAGAAGGAGCUCCAAAAGCGACAAAAGGACGAUCUGGCCCGAAUGCAGACCGAGAAGGAGAUGCAGUUCCAACGCCAGCUUGGCGAAAUGUACGAGGCCCGAAUGAACCAGCUGUCGCUCGAGCAAAAACAAAAGCUCGACACGAUCGUCCAAGAGCACGCCCAGCUCGAGAAAGACAUGCUGCACGCGCACUCGUCCGUGCGCAUCCAGAUCAAGCUCGAUCAGCAGAGCAUGGAACACGACCUGCUCAUGACCCAGCUCACAGCGCAGCACAACUUGACCGAGAACAACCAAGCCCUGCAGCAUCGCAUCGAGUGGUCGCAGCUGCUGGCCAUUCACGAAAAACAGGAAGAGGAACUUCUCAAAGAGCAGCUCAGCAAGCAAAAGUACCACAAGCAGAUUCUCAAAAAGAGCGAAGACGACAUCCGAAAACGAUACCAGCGAACGCUCAGCGGCGCGUACGACCACCAACGGCCGCCGUCCAUGGCUGACCCGAUGGGUAGCGGCGGCAGCAGCAGCUUGAACGAACGUCCCGCGGGUCACUCGCGAUCUGGCAGUGUCGAUAUGGACAAGACGCUCAAGCUGUCGACCAAAAAGGACAAGGAGCAGUUUGACACCUUCCGCUCCAGCUUUAUCGACGAAGAGACGCAAAAGCUCGAUCGAUUCCAAAAGAUGCAGGCCCAAAAGCUUCGCGAGGCCAUUUCCAAGGAGCAGACGGACGUCGCCCGCUACCACAACGAGCGCAAGCAAAUGCUGAAGGCUGCUCAUCAAGCUGAGCGCCAGCGUGUCAAGGAAAAGCAAGAUGCAUUCUUUGUAUUGCUCAAGCAGAAGCUGGAGCAUGAGUGGAACUCGUCCGUCGCAUGAGUACUGUUCAUGUUCUCUUUUUUGUUUGCUUUUUUUGUUUCUUUGUUUUUCAAUCCUCUGCUGCUGGUGGGCUUUUUUUUUUCAACGAGGAUGCUUGUUCCUCCACUCUCAUCUCUGUUUGACACCCCGCUCUCGCGACUUUGCUGUUUUGAAUUUUUCGGUGAAGUUUGCUUUUAGCUGGUGCAGACGCUCCUGGUUGUUUGUAUUUUUUUUUCUUUUGUUUUGUUUUGUUGUGAUUGUGAGACCUGCCUUGUUUUGUAGUUUGGUGUGCUACUUCAUUUUACGUUGUCAAUGCAUUGGCAUUGUUUUCAAAA